GUUCAUCAGUUUGUGUGUUGGCUUCUUCAUUGAAGCUUUGUUCCUCGCGGGCGCGUUGAACGUGUUUAUCCCUGUUGUGUCGGUGGUGUAUUUUAUGCUUCUUUCGCAGAAUCGAUUACCAACGGGUGCUUGAAAAUAUAAACUGAGUUACAUGGAAAACAGUGAACAAUUUUCGAGAAUUUAGUGACUUUUACUUCCGGAUCUCUUGCGAGUGUUCAAACGGUUCCGUUUCGGUGUGGUUUGGAUCCAAAUUUAGUGUAUACCUCAAAGAAAAGCAACAGAGAAACUCUGGAGAAGACAAAAAACGGAGGAAAUAAAACUGGUUCUACCAGUUUUGGAAGGUCCCCCCAUAUGAGUCAGCGGCGAGUGAAGUGACGAAUUCGGUUCCUUUCGGCUGGGAGGUGUGUUCGAAGGCAUUCCACUGGAAGAUAGAUCCUACUGAGUGUGUGCGUCAGUAUUGGUGACUGUGUAUCGAGAAAGUCGCCCACCAGCAACAGACAAGCGAGCAAAACAGGAGCAGGAUGCUGUGUGUCUUUGUUUGGUGAAUGAGCGCCACGACGCUAUGCAUAGUAGUUGUUAGUGAAACUUGUGUCAGGAUAUACCGAGUUUUGUCUCGUGGUAAAAUUUAAUCGGAUGGUGUAAUUACAGUUCCGAGUAAAACGCGAAUGGGUCGUGUGAAUGAUUUAUGAGUGCGAAUGUUAUCAGUGCAGCGGGAAGCAAAAGUGGUGUUUCGCGGUGAGAUAACGAAUCGUCGAGGAUAUGUGCCGAAUGAAGUGCUUUUUUGAUGGUUGAAUUCAUAGUCGCAUGUUUUUUUUUUCUUCCCCUAUCGCCGUGAAGUAGUGUGCCGAUUUUGUCCAUAGUUAUGGUGAUAAGCCUGUGCUCAGUGGGAGUUAGUGCAAUUCUAGCUGUGGCGUAGCGUAACCUAAAUCUAGGACCAAAUUAAUCCACACACGAGUUGAAAGAAGAGUGGAAUAUUCGUUCAUAUAUAUUCAGAAUCCUGUGACCGAAUCGAGAAAACAAAGAGAUUCCCUUCGGCAUGACUUGGCGGGGGUGGUGAGGCACAACUCUCGAAUAAUGCUCGCUCAACUGUGAUGCUGUGUAUCACGCGCUGCAUGCAAUGGUGAUAAUUCAAUCAUUCGUCACUGCUGGUGCUGUCGAUGCCGCCGCCCUUAGGAAAACGUGUACUACCAGUGCUGUGCUGCUGCAUCGUCAUCUGCGCUGAAAUAAAUACGAUUCGCAGUUAAGGAGAAAAAACAACGCCAUGAAAACGAUGAGCCGACUGGAGUGCACCCAAAGUGGAUCGCGAAAAAAAUAGCCAGAGUCGUGAAAAAGUGAAGUUACGCUGCUCUCUGAAGAGCUGUUGUGUUGUCGAUUUGGGGAACAGCACUUCAAGUACAGUUUUUGAAUAACGCCAGACGGUGUAGAGCCAAUUAGCUAGAGAGCGCGAUCCGCAAUCCAGUUCACGGCAAAACUAGUUUGGUGGGGAUUUGCUUUUUUUUCUGUUGUUGUUUGUUCAACUUGAAGUUCCUUCUAGCGAAAGGGUAGUAGCAUCGGUUCAUUUUUGUCGUCGAAAGGAGGCGGACCCCCGGUGCUGGUAGUAGUGGUAGUAACUGGUUGCAGACACGCUGGCAGACAUUGGCCGAAACGGUGCCGUGUUUGGAAAAUGUUUCUAAAAUGUGGAUUAAUCGUUUUCACUCUUCUCGUCAUCGACAUCGAAAGUGGUUACGUAAGAGAGGCAAACAAAGAGCGUCCCCUCAACGAAUACAUAUCCCACUACGAGACGCUUAGCUACGACCACAAACAUCUGCACGCUAGUCACAGCAGGGCGAAACGAUCGGUCACCAAAGAUCACCAUGUACAUCUUAGAUUUAAGGCACACGGAAGAGAUUUUAACAUUAGGCUAAGACGUGAUCUCAGUACAUUUAGCGAUAAGUUAGAAAUUCACACAGACGGUGGUCCGAUCGAGGCGGACACCUCCCACCUCUACCAGGGCGAGAUUAUCGGCGACCCGGAGAGCCACGUAUUCGGCUCGAUCAUCGAUGGCGUGUUCGAGGGCAAGCUGAUUACUGGCCGGGACAGUUACUAUGUCGAGCGGGCGAAGCACUAUUUCCGCAACAGCUCCCGCCCGGAAACGCAUCCGCUGCAUCACACCGACGAACACCGCGCACCGUUCCACUCGGUUAUCUACAAUGAGCAGCAUGUGGACGACCCGUACCGGCACCGGAGAAAAGGCCACCCAUCCGGUUGCGGUAUCAACGAUGAAAUGUCCGUUUGGAUGGACCGUGUCCAAAACUCCGCUAUGGAGAACAGCGAGGGGUCCCUGAAUGCUGCCACCGGCAGCCGCAGCAGUGACAGAGAUAACAACAUGAAUAAUGUACGCGGAAAUGUAUUCCAAAAAUCAUCAACUCAGCCAAACUAUGCUAGUGUUAACGAUAGCGGUAGCAGCAGCAGCAGCCAGCACUAUACUAAUAAAUACCGUAAAAAUAAUUCUAAGGUAAAUGUGAAUAGCAACAACUACAACCAAACCAACGCUGCUACUGGCAGCAAUGGGCUAGAGACCGGGUUCGAGUUUAAGUAUCCCUACGAAAUGUACUCGAAAGCGGCCAACUGGAGGGGAACCGAGGAGCACCAAGACGAGCACGAGUGGCACAAGAGAGCCCACGAGCGGGUCCGACGGGCCACCCGGCCGAAGGAGGAAAACAAAAACACCUGCUCGUUGUACAUCCAGACGGAUCCGCUGAUCUGGCGCCACAUCCGGGACAGUAUUGCUGACCAUGAUCGCGGCCGCAAGUCGGAGAUUGAUGAGAAAACUCGCGAAGAAAUCCUCUCACUGAUUGCCCACCACGUGACGGCGGUCAACUACAUCUACCGCAACACCAAGUUUGACGGACGGAUAGAACACCGGAACAUACGAUUCGAGGUUCAGAGGAUUAAAAUUGACGACGACUCCGCCUGCAACGAGAACUACAACGGGGAGUCGAAUCCGUUCUGCAUGGAGAAUAUUGACGUCUCGAACUUUCUGAAUCUGCACUCGCUGGGCAAUCAUGAGAUUUUUUGUCUCGCUUAUGUGUUCACUUACAGGGAUUUCACUGGCGGUACCCUGGGUCUGGCGUGGGUAGCAUCCGCUUCUGGUGCAUCCGGUGGCAUUUGCGAAAAGUAUAAAACCUACACCGAGACGGUGGCGGGACUGUACCAAAGCACUAAACGUUCCUUGAACACCGGUAUCAUUACGUUCGUUAACUAUAACAGCCGCGUCCCCCCGAAGGUGUCCCAGCUGACGUUGGCCCACGAAAUUGGCCACAAUUUUGGAUCACCGCAUGACUACCCGUCCGAUUGUCGCCCGGGAGGGAUCCACGGGAACUACAUCAUGUUUGCCAGUGCUACCAGCGGGGAUCGACCGAAUAACAGCAAGUUUUCCAGCUGUUCCGUUCGCAAUAUUUCCAACGUCCUGGAUGCGAUCGAGGAGAGCAAAAAGCGGAACUGUUUCCAAGCCUCGGAGGGUGCUUUUUGUGGCAAUAAGAUUGUUGAGAUUGGAGAGGAGUGUGACUGUGGAUUCAAUGACGAGGAGUGUGCCGACAAGUGCUGUUAUCCACGGGUGAUAGGGGAGGUCGACUUGGGAUUGAAUUCUACGGCUAAAGGAUGCACUCGAAAGGCUCGGACUCAGUGCAGUCCUUCGCAGGGACCAUGCUGUGAUAGCAAUACGUGCAAAUUUGUAUCCAGCUAUGCGAAUGUGACCUGCAAGGAAGAAACGGAGUGCUCGUGGAGCUCUACCUGCAACGGCACGACGGCCGAAUGUCCCGAACCGAAGCCACGAGACGAUAAGACCAAGUGCAAUAAUGGAACACAACUAUGCAUUAGGGGCGAAUGUGCCGGUUCGAUUUGCUUGCUCUGGAAUAUGUCCGAGUGCUUCCUAACAUCCAACAUCAUUCCGAACAUAGACAAACGCAAGCUGUGCGAGUUGGCGUGCCAAAAUGGGAACGACACCAACACAUGUCGCAGUACGAGCGAAUUUGCCCAUCUCUAUGGUUUGCCCGACGGUGGCAUCAGCUUGCGACCGGGAUCACCCUGUGAUAACUUCCAAGGAUACUGUGAUGUAUUUUUAAAGUGCCGCGCUGUCGAUGCCGAAGGCCCGCUGGUACGACUGAAAAACAUGCUCUUCAACAAGCAAACGCUCCAAACCGUUGCCCAGUGGGUGACGGAGAACUGGUAUAUGGUGUGCCUGAUGGGCAUCCUUUUCGUGAUCUUCAUGGGUAUGUUCAUCAAGUGUUGUGCGGUUCAUACGCCAAGCUCAAACCCGAAAAAGGCACCGGCCCGGAGAAUUACCGACACGUUGCGAAGACCAAUGAAUACGCUAAGACGAAUGCGUCACCACGGUGGCCACGGACCGAGAAGCGUCCCGGUGCCACACAAUGAACGGUCGCGCAGCGCCGGCGGCGGGGGCGGAGGUGCCGCUGGCAGAAGUAGUCGAGGCGGUGGUGGCGACGGUCAUGGCGAACGUCGCAGUGGGCAGCCGUCCUCUUCCAGCGGCAGCCGGCCGUCCAAUAGUUCCAGAGUGCCAGCGCAUGGGUAUGGUGAAGGCAGAGGCCCACAUAACUAUCCACCGAAAGCAACCGCCCCACUAAUACCGAAUUAUAACAGGAUGAACAACGCCGAGCUGUAUGCCGAAGCCUAUCCGGAUCGGACCACGUUUGGCGAGCUGCCCCGGCGUCACUACACCAACAAUAAGGUCUGACAAGAUGGAGCCCAGGAUCAUCACCAUCUGCAGCGAGGCUCAGACUCAGCCACCGGCACCAGCAACCGCGACAACAGCCACAGCCUGAACCCGAGCUCCUCCUCCUCCGGUGCUGCAUUCUUUGAGAAUGUCGAGCGGAAAUUCUACUACAACAAUAACAAUAUUUAUAAGAUAUUUUUAUUUUUCUAAUGUGAACCAAAAAAAAAUUGAAGGAAGGAAAGAAAAACCCACAAUAACUGAUCACUUGAAGAUAGAAAGAGAAAAAGUAAAAAGAGGGGAAUGUAACUCAAACCCACACGUAUACACGACAGACAAAAACAAAAGAUAGGAAACUGAAAAUCAAAUAGACAUUUUUUACUCUUUAAAAAGUAUCGGAAUUAAUUACCAAACAGAGGUAACAGACGAGUAUUGUAAUCGGUUUUGGAAGGGAGCUAGACUUUUGUUAUUCAUUGAACUCGUAAAUUUCACACUCGCCAUCAUACACACACACUGAAACCUUUGAAACCGACAGCAGAAGCGUAUCAAGUUGUUGUCGAAAAAAAUUGUUGGGUUGAUUUUUACUUGUGAAGAGUGAACCGUAGUCUUUAGAAUGUUUAGGGAAAAUGAAAACUUUGAGCAGCAGGAAUUUGUUGGGGGGGAAAAAGGCAAAACGUAUCACAAAAAUGAUCCCAACAAACUGAGAAAAGUGUCGUUUCAAUGGAUGAAUAAAAAUCACAACAAAAAAAAACAAAAGAAGAGAUAAUUUGUGCUCUCCUUCGGGUCCAGAAAAAAUAGUAAACAGAACAAGCGGCUAGCAUGUAACUAUAAAUAGUAAAACAAGUAUAAGAAAAUGAUGGUAUAACUGUGAAAAAGUAUUAAGUUUUUUUUCUCAACUUUUUGUUGUUGUAAAGGAGCGUGCGUUCUUCAGUGAAUUCUCUAGUGUAGACAAAUUAAAACAGAAGUGGGAGAUGGAACUUCCUCUCAAUACUUAAUUAUGUGCGUUAAAAUUGAAUCGUUUAGAAAGAUCGAAUGCGCCAGAGGGUACCAUUAAAGGAAGGAUGACGAUGUGAAUGCUAUAUGUGAUAUAUAUUUUUCUAAAGAACAGGACAAACUGAACGAACAUUGGGAAUGGUUAGGCGUUUCUUUAGGAACAGUGAGUAUAACAAUCGUUAUGGAGGUCAACAAAACACACUAAAAGAAAGUAUUAAAUGGGACGGAUUUGGUUCAGUUAAAACGAUAAGUAACAAAAUCAUUCCUGCACUUCAAACAUUGAACAAGCUCAAGCCGACUGCCUGCCUGCCAGUAUAUCGAUAUCGACCAUUGUUCCGGAGGGAUUCCUUCCCAACGGAACAAGAUAGAAAUUGACUGCUGAAUGGGAAACCAACCAAACACUUCUUCGAUUGUUAUCCAGCAUAUCCUAAAAAGCGAUUUCUUUUUAAGCGUUGAUUUCUUUCAAACUCGUGGCAAAUAUUCAGAGGAGCUAUUCAGAGUUUCCCACCAUAGAACAAAAAUAAAUACUAGUUAGGCUGUAAGAAUAUUUUAAAUAGGUUAGGCCAAACGAACGACGUGACGUUUCUCAAAUUUUAUCUAGCUACAUUGAGUUCUCCGCGUACUAUCGUUAUCGGUUCCUUGGCAUUUUUUUUUGUUUUAUUUAGCUGAAAUUAUUCAAAUCUCAUUAUGAAAUGGCGUGACCACAUCGGAUUCGGUUCGGUUGAUUCCUAUUCUUGUUCAAUAUUGAUUAUUUCAGAGUUUUUUCAAUAACUUUGUGUUGUCCAGCCGCGCGUUACUUGGUUUGACAUGAUAGCUUGUGGAGGGUAAACCUUUGCGGCAUUCGAAUGAAUCGAGCAACACAGAACAAGUAAGAUUUGAACAUUGAAAAUUUAUGAUAAUAAUCAAAAACAGAGCGAGAACUGUAGUAAGAGGGAAAGAAUGAAGGAAAAACAAACAUACACAAAAAAAAACACAAAGAGACAGCAACUUGCAGUGAGGUGAGAUUAAAUUGAGAAAAAAACUGAAAUAAUGAAACCAACAUAUAUGAAGAUCUAUUUUUUAAUUUUUAUUAUAUACAUUCAUAUUAGACAUAGUUGAGAGCAAGAACAAAUCUCUGCGUGAACAAGUUUCCUACACGGUGAAGGAAGGAAGAAAGAAAGAAAGAAGAAGAAGAAGAAGGAGAAGAAGAGAACACAGGAAUGGAAUAAAUGGCAACAGACAUAACUUGCAAACGGGAUUUAGUGAAACAAAAAUUAUUGAAUAAACAGAGAGAAAAAGGAUGUUUAAUUGCGAGCGUACGAGUGCGUGCCAGUGAGUGAGCGAUGGGAAAGCGAACGAGAAACAGUAGACAGCUAGUACUGUAACGGUUUAUUGUAACACUUGUAAAUGUUUGUAAAUAGACAUAUAUCCAUUGCAGGAAAAUGCGCUGAGAAGAUGAAUGAAAUGAUCUAAAUAAAACAAUUAAAAAAACA